GCCAGUCGCCGCGUUACACCCAAAACGAAAACAUUUCAUAAGUUUUUUUUUUCGCGAAAUGUUUUGCAUUGAUACGUCUGGAUUAUUUUGUUUUGUUUACCAGUUAUUGUUGUGUGCGCAUUUUAAAAGUAAAAAGCAGUAACUGCUUUUAAUAUUUUUAUCGAAAUUUUCGAAAAGUUCCGUUGUGCCUUUUUUACUUUGGAGAAAUAUUGUAGUGUUGGUUUUGUGAUAGUGAUUAUAGAAUUUGUUAUAGUUAAAAUUAAAUAAGUGAUUUAUAACAAUGAAGUUGGAUAAAAGUGUUCAACAAGGCACCUGUGUUAGUGAUGAUGAUGACAACGAUAUGGAGACGGAUGAAGAGGUGGGCCGAGGCAACCUGUUGGACGGUAUGCCGCCCAUAAACUGCGACACUACCAUAGACGACGCCGCUACCACAGGCAACAAUGACAUCGGGGACAUGACCUUCUGCCUCAGCAACUAUGUGCCCGAUUUCAUGAAGAUGUUGUUCACCAUGAGAUCGCACCACAUGCUGACCGAUGUGGUGUUGGAGGUCGGCAAUGAACUGUUCCACGUCCACAAAGUGGUGCUCGCCGCCGGCAGUCCAUAUUUUAAGGCGAUGUUCACGAGUGGUCUAAAAGAAAGCGAGAUGUCUCGCGUGCGGCUUCAGGGCGUGUGCCCUUCAGCUAUGGCGUGGCUCGUCUACUUCAUGUAUACGGGAAAAGUUCGCAUCACAGAAGUCACCGUCUGUCAGCUGCUGCCCGCCGCUACUAUGUUCCAGAUAUCAAACGUGAUGGAGGCGUGCUGCGCGUUCCUAGAGCGGCAGCUGGACCCCUCCAAUGCGAUCGGCAUCGCCAACUUCUCGGAACAGCACGGCUGCGUCAAGCUCAAGCAGAAAGCCAACCAGUUCAUUGAGAGACAUUUCACUGAGGUUUGUCGAGAAGAAGAAUUCCUACAACUGACGGCGCCUGAACUUAUAUCACUGAUCAGGAAAGAUGAACUUAACGUGAGAGAAGAAAGGGAAGUUUACAAUGCAGUAUUGAGUUGGGUGAAAUACGACGAGGACAGGCGGUACCCUCGCAUGGAGCACAUCCUGCAGGCGGUGCGGUGUCAGUACCUCACGCCCAGCUUCCUCAAGGAGCAGAUGAACACCUGUACAGUCCUCAAGAAGGUGCCCGCCUGCAGGGAGUACCUCGCCAAGAUAUUUAAGGAUCUGACAUUACAUAAAAAGCCGGUAGUGAAGGAGCGGCGACCGAACACGCCGCGCAUCAUCUACGUGGCGGGCGGAUACUUCCGACAUUCCAUCGACGUGUUCGAGGCGUUCAACCUGGACGACAACUGCUGGAGCACUCUGCCGCGCCUCACUGUGCCGCGCUCCGGACUCGGCGCCGCCUUCCUCAAGGGGCUGUUCUACGCGGUGGGCGGGCGGAACACGUCGCCGGGCUCCUCCUACGACAGCGACUGGGUGGACGUGUACAACCCCGCCACCGAGCACUGGCGCCCCUGCAGCCCCAUGGCCACGCCCCGACACAGGGUGGGCGUGGCCGUAAUGGACGGCCUAUUGUACGCUGUGGGCGGAUCCGCCGGCUCCGAGUACCACAAAUCUGUUGAAUGCUACGACCCGGAGUCGGACACGUGGACGCAGGUGGCGGCGAUGGGCAGCGCGCGGCUCGGUGUGGGCGUGGCCGUUGUCAACCGGCUGCUGUACGCGGUGGGCGGGUUUGAUGGUGCGCGCAGAGUCCGCUCCGUCGAGUGCUACCAUCCAGAAAACAACCGCUGGAGCGAUGUCGCGCCCAUGCAUGUCGCACGCAGCGGCGCAGGUGUGGCGGCACUGAACCAGUACAUCUACGUGGUGGGCGGAUACGACGGCGCGCAGCAGCUCGCCAGCGUGGAGCGCUACGACACGGAGCGCGACGUGUGGGAGUGCGUCGCCCCCGUACACGUCGCGCGCUCCGCCCUCUCCCUCACCGUGCUCGACAACAAGCUCUACGCCAUGGGCGGCUACGACGGUACUUCAUUCCUGGACAUAGUGGAAGUGUACGAUCCGGAGACCAACACGUGGAAAUUGGGUACACCGUUGACGUCGGUACGCUCGGGGCACGCGUCCGCAGUCUGCUACCAGCACGUGACGCCGCCCGCGGAGCCCCCGGAGCCCGAGCCUGCGGUCAUUCGCAAGCUAGGCAAGCGCCCCGCCCCCAAACCGGGCACCUCCUCCUCCAGCUCCACCACCAGUCGCGGCGAUGAUGUGCCCAUGGCGAAUAAUAUUAUAGGAACAUUAUCCAAUGAUAGAUACGGCUUAUAGCGCACGGACUCCGCCGCCUAGCUUGUGAUGACGUCACGUUACUGAAGCCAAGCCAGACGGUAGUGUACUGUGACUAUCCUACACAUGGACUAUAUUAAUGAUUUAACGUACAUGUUAUGAAUAAUCAUAACACGAUGACACUAAAAGGUGACCUUGAUCAACAUCACAUGACAACUAAUGUUGCACGGAUUCGACAGUAAGCAAUCGUGACAUGACACGACGUGUUAAGUAUUCGUCAUGUGCUCACUAUACGGCCACUGAAGGACUCGGACCUAUCCUAAGUUAGAGAUGAGUAGCCCAUAGUCAACCAAGCUGGCUCAGUGCGGGCAGGUUGGUUGGAUAACGACGUUUUCCUUCACCGAUAGUACUUUGGAUGUGUGUUAAGUAUUGUAUGAGUAAUAUUAGGCCGAGCUCUCAGCGAUAAUUAUAGGCUUUCUAAUGACAAUCCUUGUAAUUUAAUAUCGCAUUGACUUGACCAUGUAAUAACUGUCACUCAUUGGUCAGAAUAUGACGCUGUCAGGAUGUCAUUGUUAGUUCAAAUAUUUUCCGACAGCAUCAGAUCCUCGUGAGACUAUAGCAGCCGCCAGAAAUUGCAUCAUCAUACGUCAAAAUGACGUUUGUGCUCGCAAGUUUCUUAGUUAUGUUAACGCCUGAUAGAGGAGCUGCGCCAAUUUGUCGAUACGACGAUACAAGGUUCAACAAAAUU